AUGCGGUCUGUAGCACAUAGCAACGUCUAUUGGCCAGGAAUCGACGAGCAAAUCAGUCAGUGUGUUCGUUCGUGCGUCGAAUGUUCGAGGGUAGCCAAGACAAACUCUAAAACCAACCUGGAAUCUUGGCCAUCACCAAAAAAGCCUUGGCAGCGAAUACAUGCAGAUUAUGCGGGACCGGUUAAUGGCAAUUAUUACUUGAUUGUUGUCGACGCUUUCAGCAAAUGGCCAGAAGUCGUCUCUACCAAGCGCAUCACAACAUCUGCAACUGUGGCCAUGUUCCGGGAAAUCUUUGCCAGAAACGGAUUUCCGGAGACUUUGGUUAUAGACAACGGUAUGCAGUUCACAAGCGAAAAAUUCGAAGCCUUCUGCAGCAACCGUGGCGUCCUGCAUCUGAAGACACCACCAUACCAUCCGCAGUCGAACGGACUCGCCGAGAGAUUCGUCGACACAUUUAAGCGAGGACUUCGGAAAAUCACAGCGGGGGGAGAGGCCCUCGACGAAGCAAUCGACACUCUUCUUCUGUGCUACCGCUCCAUUCCAUGUCGUAGCGCACCUGAAGAGAAGUCGCCUGCAGAACUACUACUGGGCAGAAACUUACGAACAGGAAUGGAUCUACUGAAACCGCCAACUUUGUUCUACAAGCAAACCGAUUUCAAGCAGGAAGAUCAGUUCAACCGGAAGCAUGGCACAAAAGCAAGGAAUUACGAUGCCAAAGAUCUGGUUUGGGCUAAAGUACACCGAAACAACACCUGGUCAUGGGAACCCGGUCGAGUUCUUGGAAGGAUUGGUCGAGUUAUCUACAACGUGUGGCUACCUGCGAAGCGGGAUCUCGUGAGGUCCCAUGCGAAUCAACUGAAGAAGCGGUAUGAAUCAGAAAAACCAAGAGCACCAGUAACACAGCAGACUUCCCAAAUUCCGUUAAACAUACUACUGGAGUCCUGCGGUGUAAGUAAGUCCUCAACUACUGAACCAGAAGGACCUAUGUCAGCCAAUCCAAAGUCAGCCCAAUCAUCAAAGCCAAUGGAAGUUCCUCACCAAACACACACAAGAUCACCAAGAACUUUAACUCAGCAGCAAUCGAGCCAGCUUCGCCAGUCUUCGAGAGUCAGAAGACCACCCGUGAGGUAUGAGCCGUAUCAUCUCUUCUAA